GCGCCGCGGAGCUGCGGGUGAGCUCGACGUGCUGUGCGCAGCCGUGGCGCCGGAGGCCUGAAGGGGGCGCUGUGUCUUUGCUGAACGUGCGCUGCAUUGCUCUGUCCUGAGGUGCGCCGUUCGCUCAUUCAGCUGCAGUAGCAGUAGCAGCAGCAGUAGCGCCAGUGCCAGCCUCGCUCUCUGUGCUGAGGGUCUCGCCGGCCGGCGGUUCGCGCAGCCCCUUUAACUGCAGGGGGGGUCGGAUGUGAGCCGCUCGAGAGGUGCGCACUUGCGCUGCCGCCGGGAUGCCGCUGCAUUAGAGGACUGGAGGCCAAUCGAACAACAUGGUGUCGUGGAUCAUCUCGAGAUUAGUGGUGCUGAUCUUCGGCACGCUGUAUCCUGCCUAUUCCUCUUACAAGGCGGUGAAGACCAAGAAUGUCAAGGAGUAUGUCAAAUGGAUGAUGUAUUGGAUUGUUUUUGCGUUUUUCACCACGGCGGAGACGCUCACGGAUAUCAUCCUCAGCUGGUUCCCGUUUUACUUCGAGCUGAAGAUCGCCUUCGUCAUCUGGCUGCUCUCGCCCUACACCAAAGGCUCCAGCGUUUUGUACCGCAAGUUUGUCCACCCGACGCUUUCCAACAAGGAGAAGGAAAUCGACGAGUACAUCAGCCAGGCGAGGGACCGCAGCUACGAGACGAUGAUGCGCUUCGGGAAGCGAGGCCUCAACCUGGCGGCGAAUGCUGCGGUGACCGCGGCUGCCAAGGGUCAGGGUGUGCUCUCCGAGAAGCUCCGCAGCUUCAGCAUGCAGGACUUGACUCUCAUCCGAGACGAGGAGACCCUGCACCUGCACGCUGCGGACCCCCGACUCCGAACGUCUACCAGCAGCCUCCUGGAUUCCCUGGAGGACGCCAGCGUGGCCAGCGCUGUGCCCCGUGGUAAAGCCAGGCCAGUGGCAUCUCCCGGCGAGGACGUCCAUUCGAAGUCCGACGGGGAGCAGACGGAGACGAGGACCGAGCAGUCCGACGAGGACACGGGGGACAAAGCGCCCAAGCGCACCCAGAGCGUCAAAACGGUCAAGAAGCCGGCAGCAAAGGCAGAGCCACAGACCAAGACGCUGAAGAGGCAGCCGAAGAAGAAGACGACGGCCCCCAGUGAGACGGCGUGACCCGCGGCUGGCACACCCUGUGACGGGCACACGCAACCCGUGUAAAUAGCGUCGCGUGCAGACCGCGUGGGGUGGUCCGCAGCUGUCCGCUUCAGUGCUGUGUUGAUCCCUCAUCCGUCCCGCAGUGCGGUGUUGCAUUUUUUUAUUACCCGGACGUCUCCCACUCCUGAACUUUUUUAUCAGGACUUUUCCAGCCUGCCGGACAGCCAGGGGUUUCUUGGGAAGAAAAAGAAAAACAAAAAGGAAUGCGUUUGAGUUGGCACACUGGAGUUGCUUUGAUUUUUCUCAACUGGUCUUAACUGGAAAGCCGUGUUACUGGGGGUGAGUAUAAUGGACGUGCCCAUCACUUUCACUAGGGUGGCAUACAUGCCUUUUAUGCCAAGCACCACUAGUGAUGGCACACAUGCCUGCGAGUGGCCAGCGGGGUCCUUCCAAGUUGCUGCAUACUUCUAACCUUCAAAGAUUUGGAAGGUCUCUGAUGCCAAGGGCUAAGAUGGCAGACCUGGGAGACGGCUCUGCCAUCUGCUCUCUUCAUCUGCUGCCCACUGGCACUUCUCACUGACAGCCCCAAGUCCACCGCUGCCUGCCAUUUGGUUCAGUCCUCCCAAGCCCCCGCCCCAGAUGCCCAUCAGCUUCUAGCCAGCAAUGCCCUGCAAGUUGUAACAUGGGUGGCUGUGAUGCCAGUCACAUGAGAUGUCACUUUCUGUGAACUGUGAUACCCACUGAAUGGACCGUCACAACACUCUUCAAGUGAGCCGUGGCUGUCUGCUGAUCUGUGAUACCAGGUCCCUGGAUGCCCAGCCAGGAGAGCCACCAACACUUUGGAUGUUUCUUUUAGUUAGCAGUGGCUGCCACAUUAAAAUCAAUGCCAGAGGUAUUGGCCAUCCCAGCCCUCCACAUGUCUGCCACCUGGUGGUUGAGCUGCUUUGUAUGAAGGUGGUCAUACCAGUUCUGUGGUGCCAGUUGCAGCUGACAUUUGUCACGUCUAUAGUGGGUGGUCCAUCUAAUUUGCAGGGCAAGCUGGACAGGAAUGGGCAGGGCUGUGCCUGCUGCUUGGCACACACUCUUCUCUCCUUCAUGGGCAUCAUUGCCCUGAUAGUAGGCAGAUCCCAUGGUCCAUCAUGUGCCCGCCAAUGCCAUUGAGCUCUGCUGUUUUUUUUUUGUUCUGGUCACCUCCAUUGUGAAGAGUCCUGGCGCCCAUGAGCUGCGGGUGACACGUUUCUACUCUCCACAGUUUGGGUCACUCAACUCCGCUUUGCACCUUUUUAUGCGUUGACAAGAACCUCGGGUGCCUGGGCUUGAUGCCCCCAUGUUGCCUCUGGGUGCUUUGACAAGGCCUUCACUGUGCACAGGUGACUUUUGGGAUGUUUGAAUCGAGAGUGGCAGACGUGGGCACAGAGUGCGUCCUCAUGGACCGCCACCAGAGGGUGCCAGCACUCUGCCUGUUAUAUACCUGCUGGUCACCACAAAGGCCGAGUUGCCCCACGGCGCCCAGUUAAGGCCUUGGGUCACAGGUCGCUUACUUUAUGGUUUUUAAUGUGUUUUGUUUUUUAAUUUUAAUUCUAUUUGUUGACCGCAGCUUUUAUGAGGUGAAUAUCUGAAUAAAUUCUAAAAAGCGCCGUGUGUUGUACCGUUAAGUUUAGAAUGGAAAUAAAAGUCUGGAAUGUACUCUGACUCCAUUAAAACUGAGGUCUCGA